ACUGGAAAAGAUUCCCGAAAGAACUCAGAGUGAGGAAACCCUGCAAAGACGGUGUCUCGGCAGCAGUCGGUCGCUCGCAGAGACCUCCGGCGGGUCAGAAGAAGAAAAAAGUGAAAGAGAAAGAGGAAGUGCUGCUCAAACUGGAGACUCUGCAGAAGAAGGAGGAGCAGCAGAGCUCGGAGGAGGAGGAGGAGGAGGAGGAGGGGGAGGGAGAGGAGAAGAAGAAGAAACAGGAGGAAGAGGAGGCAGAGGGAGAGGAGGAGUACGACGAGGAGGAGUUUGAGGAGGAGACGGACUACGUCAUGUCGUACUUUGAUAACGGCGAGGAGUUCGGAGGAGACAGUGACGACAACAUGGACGAGGCCAUUUACUAAAACACACACGCACACACACACGCACACACACACGCACGCACACACACGCACACACACACGCACACACACACGCACACACACACGCACACACGAUGAACACAUAUCAGAUUUGAUGACUCACUUUUUUAA